AUGUUUUUAUUUUCGUACACCACUUCUGUACUCACACUCUUUUACUUCCCAAUUGCGCGUGUGUGCGAAUACCCCUACAACUACUCAUUGCACCCUCCUAUUUGUUUACGCUCAUACACCCAAUGCGAAGAAACAGGUAGGCAUACUACAAUAAAAAUGGGUCCGCUCUCUAAGAAGCGCAUGAUGGUGCGCGAUGGUGUCUUCUACGCCGAGCUCUUCGAGUUCUUAAAGCGCGAGUUGGCUGACGACGGUUUCGCUGGCGUUGAACAUCGUGUUACUCCCACUCGCACGGAGAUUGUCAUCCGCUCCACAAAGACCCGCGAAGUCCUCGGUGAGAAGGGCCGCCGCAUCCGUGAGCUAACGGCUUGCCUUCAGCAGCGGUUUAACUACAAGGAAGGCAAACUGCAGCUGUUCGCCGAGCGCGUGGAGGUGCGUGGACUGUCCGCAAUGGCGCAGGCCGAAUCCCUGCGUUUCAAGCUUCUCAGCAACCUUCAAGUGCGCCGUGCGGCCAUGGGCAUCAUCCGUUACGUGAUGGAAUCCGGCGCAAAGGGCUGUGAGGUGACAAUUGGCGGAAAGAUCAAGGGCCAGCGCGCGAAGAGUAUGACAUUCCGUGACGGCUACAUGAUUAAGUCGGGUACUGCUCACAAACACUUCGUUGACACGGCCACCCGUCAUUGCCACUUGCGUGCAGGCACCAUUGGCGUAAAUGUUAAAAUCAUGCGCCCACAGAGUAUGAUAGAGGAAGAUGAGGUGCUACCCGACGUCAUUACAGUGAUUGAGCCGAAGACAAUCGAGGCUUGA